CAUUCUGCCUUGGCACAGCAUUUCGCCCUGGGCAGUUGACAGCAACAUCCAGGUGUCUACAACCACCACUUUUCGCUCUUGUUGUUCUUCCGUGCGCAUACCACGUUGACGACACCCUUCGUUUCCCCGAGUUCUUCGUGAACGUUGCUCCGCCGUCCACCCUCGCGAACCCCUCCAAGCCAUCCCCGAGCACGCAACCGUCGAGCCCUCAGCCGUCACCGACCUUGAUUCCUACUACACCAACGCAUCUCGAUACUAAAUAGCCACUGCAAUGUCGAAGCGAACAAGCGCCGGCAACGGGGCUGCGAAGGCGAUUGUGCCGUCUGAGUCCACUGUCGACAAGCAGAAAGACCUCCUCGCCUCCACGAGCACUCACUUCUCGCUCGUACGAGCUAUGCACAUGGCCGACUACAUCACUGAGCUCAACGGCUUCUGUGGCGUGUCCUCGGUUCUCACCUCCCUCCGCUACUGCCUCGGCGACCCCGCCGACAAGAGGCUGCUCUAUAUCGCCCUCGCCUUCCUGCCCUUCGGAAUGUUCUUUGACUUCAUGGACGGCCGCGUGGCCAGGUGGCGCAAGAAGAGCAGCAUGAUGGGCCAGGAGCUCGACUCUCUCGCAGACCUGAUCUCGUUCGGCCUUGCACCCGCCUGCAUCGCCUUCACCAUCGGCAUGCGCACGACGGUCGACCACUUCCUGCUCGUCUUCUUUGUGCUUUGCGGCCUGACGCGCCUCGCCCGCUUCAAUGUCACCGCCGCCAACCUGCCCCACGACGCCAGCGGAAAGGCCAGCUACUUUGAGGGCACGCCCAUCCCGACCUCCUUGGGCCUCGACGCCGUCAUGGCGUACUGGGUCAGCCAAGGCUGGACGCUCGACCAGCUGCCUCUGGGUCUCUGGCUCCAGGGCACCGCGCUCGAGUUCCACCCCGUGGCGCUCGUGUUUGUCGUGCAUGGGUGCUUGAUGUGCAGCAAGACGCUGCACGUUCCUAAGCCUUGAGAGGCCCCUUUCGAACGAGCGGCUUACCAAAAGCUGCCAAAGGUUUUGCACAGGGAUAAAUAAGCUCGGCCCGGGUUCUAGAGCACAGAUACAUGGGGCGAGGGAAAUAGGAAUGGUCUUCUUUCUGUAGAAAAAGGGAGGGGGGGAGCACUGGAACAAGGACGGGAGAAGCGUUGACGCAUCAAACACACGGACAUGAUGACACGACGAUCCCCCGGUAGGGUUUACGAGAGCACAGGCAGGUUUUUUUUUUUUUCCAUCUCUGACGAGAGACUUUUGUCGCCUGUUCCAUUGUUCAUUACCACCGUUCCUCCGCCUCACUUUGGCGUUUGGCUCCUGCUGGAAGUACGCAAUGGCGUCAGUGGAUAGCACUGAGAAACACGACCUACAGGACUCUUUAUAAUUUUGCCAUGUUGUCGAGGACGGUGCUCUACUUGAUACCUUUUGUAAUAU